CAUAGAGUGCACUAGUCGGCAAAGAAAAGUGACCACAACCAAAGCCUGUUCAGCCCUGUGAGUGGUGGGACCGCGAUCAAACGGACUCGGUUACCUUUCGCGACUGUUUACUACCUGGAACAGACAGCAAGCGGAUCAGCGGGAUUAUAAGGAAUCAUUGUUGCCGCUGCUUUUUUGGACACUUCCAAGUGCGCACGGCUGAUCUAUGAGUACACAGAGAGGAUUUUCACACUCAACACCAGACAGAGGGAACAGGGAGUGAUUCACCCCCUCCUGCCUGCAGCCCCCAUGCCGGGCAUUAGCUCCACCGCGCCUCGAUAUGAAAACUGGGACAUGGACCACCUUGACCACUACCAACAUUAUUUCUACGACGACCACCACGAUCCGGACGAGGAUUUCUUUAAGUCCACAGCGCCCAGCGAGGACAUAUGGAAGAAAUUCGAGCUGGUACCAACCCCGCCCAUGUCGCCUAUCCGGGCAGUGGAGGGGUCGGGCAGGGUCGGGCUGCUUUGCCCGAGUCUAGGGGACAAGCUGGAGUGGGUGUCUCAGUUCUUGGGGCAGGAGGACGAGCAGCAGCAGCAGCAGCAGCAGCAGGACCUGCCCUGCAAGCUGACCACGGCCAAUGACUCUUUCGGGAACCUGAGCUCCAUUAUCAUCCAGGACUGCAUGUGGAGCGGCUUCUCGGCUGGACAGCAGCUGGAGAGAGUUGUCGGGGAGCGCUGCGCGUCUUUACCCGGGACGGGGGCGGCCGCCGCCAAAGUCGCAGCCGGUUCUGCCGUCACAUCCCCGGGGAGAGCGCAGACCGCCCCCGCCGACGCCUCGGCUCUCAGCGGACUGGCGUCGGACUGUGUGGACCCGGCUGCGGUCCUCACUUUCCCGUUAUCCGGGGGAUGCAAGAAACAAGUGUCCUCUGGUUCAGAGUCUCACAGCGACUCAUCAGAUGAUGAAGAUGAGAAAGAUGAUGAUGACGAGGAGAUUGAUGUGGUGACCGUGGAGCACAAGCAGCAGCAGCAGCAGCAGCAGCAGCGGCGCAAACCUCAUCGACUGGUCAAAACUCGCAAACCGGUGACCAUCACAGUGCGAGCGGACCCCCUGGACCCUGGCAUGAAGCGUUUCCACAUCUCCAUUCACCAACAGCAGCACAACUAUGCUGCGCCCUCCCCAGACACACUCCCCCAACCAGCCGAGCCACCUCGGAAGAGGGUCCGACAGGAGGUCUCCACCCAGGCCUCCCAGCUUCACCAGAACUCUCAUUACCAGCAGCCCCGGCCUGGCAAUGCCCCCCUGAACUUUGACAGCAGAAAGUGUCAUGUGACUGGGAUCAGGUCAGAAUCACCCAACCUCAGCGCCUCCUCUCCUACCUCCUCAGCAUCCCCUUCGUCUCCUCCAUCCUCCUCCUCCUCGACAAGCUCUCACUCCCUCAGCUCUCCGACAAAGCCCCACUAUUUCCCCCACCUCUCCAGCCCGCAGUCCUCAGACUGUGAGGACACGGACAAACGCAAGGCGCACAACUUUCUGGAGCGCAAGCGGCGGAACGACCUGCGCUCGCGUUUCCUGUCCCUGCGGGACGAGAUCCCCGGCUUAGCGGACUGCCCAAAGACGCCGAAGGUGGCAAUCCUGACGCGAGCCACGGAGUACUUGCAUCAGCUGCACGCCAGCGAAAGGCAGAAGGCUCAGGAGCGGAAGCAGCUGAAAGCCAAGCAGCUGCAGCUACUGCAGCGGCUGGCACACCUGAAGCGAUCCUGAGCGGCAGGGUCGGCUGUCACACACAUGUACACUCACAGAACUGUACGGGACGACAUGAAGGACAAAAGACACUAAAGUUCACUUUGAAUUGGUCACGUUGGAAUUGUGCGGGUGGAUUUUUGUUUGUUUGUUUUCUACUUUUGUGGUUUGCACAUUAGCUUCUGAGUGAUUGACAAGGUCGUAAGCCAGUCAGGACAGCAAGCUAGGGACUGAUUAUAUGGGUUAUCUUACGGGCAGAUUCAUAUGUCCAUGGUUACUCAAUAUAGGUUUGUUAAACUGUUAUAUCCCCCUUGAUUAAAAAAAAAAAACUGAAAAUCUACUGCUUGCUACAUGAAGGCUUGUUAUUCUAGCAGCAAAACUGCUGCAUGGUCUGCUCAGACGUCACCUUGGUCAUGAAUGAGCAUGGUGUGCUUGCACAGCAGUGAUGUCUCUACUUUCUGUGUGUCAUCAGGCUAAAAGCAACCUUAAGGUUCAUGUGUUUGGCACACAACUUGUACAUUUUGUUAUCAGGUUGUGCCUUUUUUUUUUCUGCUUCAGUUUUCAUUUCCUCUCUCAUGCUCCACAGCAUGUAACCUUCACUCUGAUUCUUCUUUUCCAUGUCCUCAGUUGAACAAUCAAACUUUGUGCUUAAUGGUAAUGGGAAUGGGGACGUGGGCUGUAGUGGGACUAUAUACAGAGCCUUGCAACAAUAAUGGAAACAACAACUGGAAAGAUACAAAAUACACCUCUGAAAAAAAAGCUCAGGAUAAGUCCUCGCUUCAGUGCCUGCAGGGUUUCCUGUUAUUACUUCAGCUUUUCUAUCUUGCAUCAUCAAUGUCUGGGAAGCAGCACCAUGUUCGCGGAAACAGCCCGGUUUUGUAGCAGUAUUUGGAGACGUUAAGAAAAUCUAUUGCCGUGCAGGCAUUGUUUGAAUUUGAUUGUCUUAUCAAUUUUUAAACACUUGCAAAACUCUUACAGGAUCCAUAGAUAUCACUCUAUAUGUAAUAUGUGUGCCAUGGAGACGAGCUAAAAGGUGAAUAUUGGCUUCAAAUGAACCACCAAAAAAUGUGAAAUGGCUUAAGAAGAAUCUGUAAUUUUUAGCAACAUGAAAAAGGCCAAUUUUUUUUUUUUUUUUUGCUUGGAGAUGAAGCCCAGUGAGUUCCAACUGUACGUGUCUUUCAUCUUGCUGUUUGAUUUUUGUGAGUUGAUUUCUUUUUGUUGCAUUCGAUGUAAAGCCUAUAGAAGCCUUUCAAUGUACGUAGAUUAUCCUGUUGGAUGAUAUGUAUAUAGUACCCUUUACUGUACAGUCCUUCCAAACCAAAACCAGAGCUGUCUACUAAACUCAUCCUAGUUUUCUUUCGGCCCUGAGUCCUGACCUGGGGCCUAUAGCUUGCCGGCUUUUCAAAGAUAACUCAAAGCUUCUAUUUUUGUUAAUAAAAUGAUUAUGAAAAAGAGUCAAAAUAAAACACUUACUGAACAUUGA